AAAGAAAAUGGACGACCCGGUUUCAUUGGCUGUAUGUUCUAUGUCUCCAUCCAGAAGCGAGUAUGAAGAAUUCAUUUCAAAAUUGGAAAAUCAUGGCAAUGUUAAUGUAACCUUUUGCUGUAUUGCAAGUGAUGUUCAAAGGGAAAGUCGUGUAUUCUGCCAGUAUGAUGCAGUGAUCUUGAUUCAUUCAAUUGCCAGGGGAAGAUUGUCCAUUACUGAUGUGCAGGAUGCCCAGUAUGACGAGUUUCUUCCUCGCCUUAGCAAAGAAUUCGGUCCUUCUCGUAUCGUUGUCUUGGUGCAUGGACUAUCGGAUCCUGAAGCUUCAAUGGAGAUUUUUGCCAACAGGCAGCCAACCACGAUGAGAUGCUCCCAGUGGGUAAAGCUCUGCAGGAGUCUUCAGGAUGAGGAUGUGACAUCCAUGGUAAACCUUUUCUUGGCUAAGGUGCAGGAGAGUCCUAAACCAGCUCCGGGGUGGCCAACACUCCCAACUGAGACCGAAGGAAGUCUUCAAGAUAGCCAAAGACAUCCUCAGGUUGAACACAUCACAGCCACAAAGGUGACUUACAGCGGGGACAGAUGGAGUCUUGAUAUGCCUAGUAUUGACUUCAUCAUGUGUGCACAAGCGUGUACUCGAGAUUCUCUUUUGCAGACGCUUAAGACAGAGGCGAUGCAAAAUAUGAUCCACUGUCUAUGCUUUGAACAAACACAAGAUGGAUGGCAGCAUAUUACCAGCGACAAUUCAAGAACCGACCCUUCAAAAACCGACCCCGUGUACGAUUCUUUAGCAUGCAUGCAUUCUGCUAUCUUUAUUUACAGGGACAAGAUCCCAAUAGAAUUUAAUGACGACACUCUAGAAGACCUGAAAGACAUCGUAAAUGACAAAGCUCAAACGGAGCCAGUUUUGGUUGCUAUGCAAGGCGUGGUUGAUGAUGUAUGCCUGAAUGAAAUACUAGAUAUAUCCUUAUCCUGCACAGACGAGGGCGUUCAUAUAGUGCGCAUUCUUCCAAGAGUCCAAGGGCAAUCUUCCGAAAGAGAUCAUCCCAAGACUGAAACGCUUUCAGUAAAAGAUAAGAUGGAACUGGAACUCAAACAAGUGGUUGCUUUGAAGGAACAGUUUAGAUCAGGAAUUAGAGAAUUAGAAGAGGAAAUGUCUGAAUGUCGUAGUAGAAUCGGAGCGUUGAAAGGCAAUAUUACGAGACUCGAGAAGGAAAAGUCUCAACUCAGUUCAGCCAAAGAGGAUGAAAGAACAACACUGCAGGCUAUCAAGAAGGAAGUAUAUGAAGCAACAGAGAAGAUUAAAGAGCAGGAGAAGGUCUUCCAAAUACAUCUGGACCAAAUUAAAGAAGAGCUUGAAAAACUUGCUGAAACGAUUGCUAGUCAAAAGGCACACAUUUCUGAAGUUCAGGAAAAAUACGCUGCUGAAUGCAAAAAACUAGAAGAGAAGAAAAGUAGUGCUCAGUACAGGGUAAGAGGAGUUAAAGGUGAAGCUGCCGCAAUAGACAAGAGUUUUACAACGGGAAUAGAUAAACCAACACCAGAUUCGAAUAUGAGGGACAAUAUUAGCGAUGAAGACAAACACACGAGUUGGCAUUGUUGUCUCUGUGACUUGAUUUCUUUAUACAAUACAAUAUACUAAAGUCAUUUCCAUAGCACUCUUACAAACUAACUAUUGUUUCAUAGCGCUUGACAUAAAAAUUAUCAAAGAAUCUUUCGUUGAUCAUGGUCAAAGAGGAGAGUUUAGAGACAUUUUCGGAAAUAAUCCAGCGGAGGAGAUAAACGAAUAAAACGUAGAAGCUCAUUCCAGAUAUGAGGAGUACAUGCCUGGAAAGCAUUGUCGCCAGCUGUGGUGUAUGUUCGAGGAACGUGUAGCAGGGUUGUGUCAGUAGAAGAGGGAAGGCCAGGACGAGCAGAUUGGUAGGGAACGAUGAGAGAGUCGAGAUACACUGGAGCUAUGUUUUUAUUAUUACCAAAUUGAUUAAUUAACGGGUAAUUCAACCUUUGUAAAAAAUCAUUUGUAUGAAAGAAAAAUAUCAGAUAAAUACAAGUUUGAAACUCAAGUAUAAAGUUUGAAUUAAAUCAGACCAAUAUAAUAAUUCCAUUCAAAAAUAUAUAUCUUAUUUUUGGGGGUCUGAUUUCAUUGAAAAUCCCACCGUUCUGCUUCUCUGAGGUUUGUCAUUUAAUAAUUAUUUGUGUAUGUGUUUCCACAAUGUUAGCAGCUCAUCAGCUGUCAAGCCAUCAUAUUUUCAAUUAAGUUAUUUAUGACUGCAAACAUUUGUUCAACCUACAAGGUCACUGACAGGUGGUUAUCUCAUCAAAUCGGCUCUCAAUUAACAUUUACAAAAGGGGAUCAUGGGGGACAAACAGGCACUAAUUAGGCAUUGUGUGUUAUAUAGAGGGCACAAGUAGCUAUAGGUAGUGCAGUGAGGAUUUAUUUGAAAUUGUCCGUGCAUUAUUUGCAUCUUGCAAAGGACAAACUGCACUUUUCCUGCAUUUGUGUUGGAUGAAAUAUAAACAGCUUUCAGCUAUUACUAAUUGUUGCACUAUAAUUAAUGAAGAUAUAAUGCACAUGUACAAAUUAAGUUCAUUUAGAUUGGCGGUAUUUAUUUCAUCAAUAUAUGAUUUAAUAUACAUCUUGGAAUUAAAAUGACAAAAACAAUAAGUGAGGUUUGAAAAGAAACAAUGACAAUAAAUGAUUUCAAUCCAAAACUUUCAUGAAGAUAAUAAUAAUAAUAGUGGGUUCUUGUAAAUCGCUCAUGUCUUUAAACCUGACACUCCUGGAACCCGUUUCACAAAGCCUUUUUUCAAUAACAAUGACAAUCUGCUGAUACCCAAAUAGAAGCAAGGAUUUCAGUGGCUAAUAACAAAAACUGUUAUUUGUUACUGAUGACAAGUUUUGUGAAAUGGGGGCCCUGGUGCUCCACAAUUAUUACCUCCAUUUCAGCGUGGCCAGCAUUAUGGCGCUCUAGCAGUUCAAGGAAUUAAUACAUUCCAGGUACCCAUUUACCUCACUAGAGUUGAGAGUUGCAAAUGUAGAUCUAUCCAUGUCUUGCCAAAGGACAUUAGUUUCACGGCCGGACUCGAACCCCACACAAUGUGUUCAACAUUCUGGCGAAGUAUCCACUGUAGACCCAAACCCUCUACAGUAUACUGCAUUAAACCCUCUUUAGAAUGAUAAAUCCUCAGGCAUCAGAAGAAAAAUUCAGUUAUUACAAAGUUUGUUGUAUUAACAAUCAGCAUAGACGAUUGCCAAAUGAGCUAAAUGAUAAAGCGAAUAUAUACUGUUAAUAUGCCAUGCUCCCAACUUUACAUACUGUACACAAAAUAUUGCAAAUAAAAUGCUGUAAAAUCAAUCAAGGAAUAUAAUAUUAGUACUGUAUACAUGAAUAUUUCAAUCAGCCUCUAUGCAAGACAAUAAAAACGAAACAGUGCUAGUCAAACAGU